AUGUCAAAUAAGGACUCGAAAUCCUUGUGUUCGAGUUUCCACAAGACCCAGACUAAAGCAGUUGCCGAUCCGUCUACAGACAAGGCGACGGAACAGGAGGAGGGGCCCGCCAAUGGGAGUGGCAACGAGGAUGAAACAAAGACUUUCGAGGGCCAGGCGGAUGUUGUCCCAACAGCCUCUUGGACCAGAAAUGCCAAACAAGAUUUCAAGAAGGAGCAGCCUCAGAAUGUCCCCAAGUUCGAUUCAGCUGACCCCGAAACCCGACUCCAAGUCCACGGAGAGGGUGCGGCUAGGCCAGACGGCUGA